GCCCCGCCUCUUCCUCCAAGAAGCUAUAUAAGGACGGGACGUCACUUCCGCUCUCUCUUCCACAGGAGGCCUACACGCUGCCGCUUGUGCCGCCGCCAUGUCUCUAGUGAUCCCUGAGAAGUUCCAGCACAUUUUGCGAGUACUCAACACCAACAUCGAUGGGCGGCGGAAAAUAGCCUUUGCCAUCACUGCCAUUAAGGGUGUGGGGCGAAGAUAUGCUCAUGUGGUGCUGAGGAAAGCAGACAUUGACCUCACCAAGAGGGCUGGAGAGCUCACCGAGGAUGAGGUGGAACGUGUGAUCACCAUCAUGCAGAAUCCUCGACAGUACAAGAUCCCAGACUGGUUCUUGAACAGACAGAAGGAUGUGAAGGAUGGAAAAUACAGCCAGGUUCUGGCCAAUGGUCUAGACAACAAGCUCCGUGAGGACCUGGAGCGACUGAAAAAGAUCAGAGCGCACCGGGGACUGCGCCACUUCUGGGGCCUUCGUGUCCGAGGUCAGCACACCAAGACCACUGGCCGCCGGGGUCGUACCGUGGGUGUGUCCAAGAAGAAAUGAGUCUGUAGGCUUUUUUUCUGUUAAUAAAUAGUUUAUAUACCGAUG